AUGAUAUCAAAUGAUAUAUUAAUAAUUAUGAAUUCAACAAUUGAUUAUCAAACAAUAUUAAAUGAACCAAUAUUAAGACAACCAACUAGACAAGCAACAUUUAUUGGUGCAAUACUUGCAUUUGUUUUCAUUUUUUUGGGUCUUGUUGGUAAUAUACUUCUUAUAACAACGAUACUUUCUGUAAAAAAACUUCGAACAAAUAUUAUUAAUAUAUUCAUUGUUUCGUUACAAUUCAAUGAUUUACUUAAUAUUGGUUUCAAUCAAUUUUUUGUUGGUCUUUCCUAUGCUAAUCGUAGUUGGCUUGGUGGACCUUUAAUAUGUAAUUUAGUUGUUUAUUUUUCAACGGUUUGUAUGGGUUGUCUUUUAUGGCAUCAUUGUUUAAUUGCUAUACAUCGAUUUAUUGUUGUCGUUUAUCCAAGCUUAUUACGUCGUAUGUCUGUUAAAACUUAUGUAAUUGUUUCACUUGUUAUAACACGAAUAUUGCCAAUAAUUUGUUGUAUACCAUCAUUUACAACAAAUUCAAUUGGAUAUUCAUCUCAAGCAUUACGUUGUUCAAUACGUAAUAAAUUACAAAUAUUUAUUAAUAUAACUAUAUUAAUUAUAUUACCAAAUGUUAUAAUAAUAUUUUGUUUUGUUGGAAUAUUUUGUCAUGUUUAUCAUGCAUCAUAUACAAGCGGACGUACAAAUGGAAAUACAGUAUCAAUAUCACAUUCAUUAAGACGUGAAAUACGUAUUACAAAAAUGUUUGCAGUUUUAUUUACAUUAUUUUUUCUUGGUUAUCAUCCAUAUGGUUUUGUACGUGCAUAUGAUAAACGUCGACAAUUACAUCCAGAUAUAUUUGUUUUAUUAACAUUACUUUAUUGUAUAUCAAUAUGUGCAUCACCAUUUGUCUAUGGUAUAAUGAAUAAUCAAUUACGUCAUGAAUGUAUGAGAGUUAUAUUUAAUUGUUGGCAUUGUCAAAAAAUUGAUGAUUAUAAAACAUAUUCUCAUCAUCGUUUAAAUUCAUCUGCAACACAUGCAUUAACUGUAGUUCAUGAUGUUGGAGAUAAUUGUCAAAUUAGGCCAUCAUUAAUAUCUAUGCGUGAUUCAAAAUACACAGAUAUGACAACUAUUUCAAUAGAAUUUUGUUUUAUUACUAUUCUUAUUUUAUUUAUAUUUAUUAUUAAUAUUUCUCAUAUAUUAUAUGUGAUUAUAUGUAAAUAUGAUAAUAAAAAUACAUAUUUUCAUUUAAUACUUUUCAAUUUUUCAUUUUCAUCAUUAAUUAUUGUUAUUUGGCUUUUACCAUUCUUUUAUUUUCGUAUUAUAUGGUCAUCAGAAUCAUUUAUUUGGCGUCUAUGGUCAUAUUUAUUUCAUAUUGUUGAUGCUGUUCAACUUUAUUCUCUUCUUUUACUUAUUACUAGUACAAAUAUCAUCAAUCUUUCUUUACAACGAUGUUGUAUUUUUCUUAGUUGGAUAGCACCUUUAAUUACUUAUUCACCAAUUUUAUGGUUAUCAUCAUCAUCAUCAUCAUCAUCAUAUGAUAAAAUUGAUUAUUAUCCAUAUCGUAGAUUAUCUAUUGAUAUACCUUGGUGGAUAUUACCAACAUUAUAUUCUUGUACGUAUCUUGUUCCAAUAUUUAUUUCAUUUCUAUUAAUUGGUAUAACAAUUUGUUGGCCAUGGAUUUAUAAACAAUAUAAAAAACGAGAAAAUGCUGCACAAAGACAAGAAAAUGAACAUCGUGAAAAUAUGGCAGAAUUAACAAGUCUUGUUGACACAGUUUUAAAUUUUGAAUUAGAUCAAUCAACAAUAAGUACACUUAAUACAUGGGUUCCUUCAAUAAUAAAUCUCUAUCAUAUAUUUCAAAUGCAUUAA